AUGAGUGUACUCAUUCAGUUGGUAAAAGCGACAGGUAGCCCGCAUUAUUCUCUGUCGCAAGAAGGGUUCCAGACAUCUGGGAUGGAUUUGUUUAAUUUGAGGUCGCUUGUCAUUUUGCUGUCAGCAGUUGGAUGCUGCAACGGGCAGAGCGUACUCCCAGCAGGCCCGUUGCAGGGAGUACAGGGGAAGAACGUCACGUUCAAAACCCUCAUCAUGCCCACAGAUGUAGGCGACUUUAUCACAGUAUCUUGGAAUUUCAACGGAGGUAGUGGACUUGUACCUGUUGUCACUUCUGCGCCCAAAGGAGAGACAGUUGGCGCAGGCUACGCAGGAAGAGUGUCACUGAAUUCAUCCACCGGCGUAUUGAAUCUGGGACCCUUGACCGCGAAGGAUAGCGGGGACUAUGCGGUGACCAUGGUCACAAGUGCUGCAGUACAGCGCACAGGUGUAACGGCGCUCAAAGUUCUAGAACCGGUCGCUGUCGUGACCAUCAAGUCCAACCUGAAUGAAGCGGUCGAGUUCAACAGCACUGUGGUCUUGACCUGUUCGGCCAAAGGCUCCUUCCUCAUGUACAAGUGGCUCAACGGCACCGCCCCACUGGUCGCCGAUGGGUCUCAUGUGACUUUGAGUGCAAACGCAACAGUGCUGACCGUGGCUGGAGUGUUCAGGGAGGAUCUGGUCGGACCCAUCUACUGCACAGCCUCCAACAAAUUAGAGAGCGAUAGCAGUGCCCCCUUCAACCUCACUGUCAGCUAUGGGCCAGAAAACAUCGCCAUGGCAGUCACCCCCACGGCUGAGGUCCAAAAGAAGGGUUCCAACAUUACAUUGUCCUGCUCAGCCCAGUCUAGCCCUGCGGCGGUGAUUCAGUGGAUCCACAAUGGAGUCCCGCUCAGUGUGAUGGGCCCCAAGCUGGUACUGGCCAACAUUGCCGAGGCACAGAGUGGAAACUACUCCUGCAUGGCCAGCAAUGCCAAAACCUUGCGAUACCUGGAAUCCACCACAGCCAAGUUCACUGUAGUAGAGGCCCUAUCCGGCACUAAGAUCACAGGCCCCAAUGGAACGCUCGUUGCAGGUAACAGCACGGCCACCCUGAGCUGCCAGGCAAGCGCCGGCACCGCCGGCACCCGAGUGUGGCUGAAGAAUGGCGUGGCACUGUCUCCUAGCAACAGGGUCGUGGUCUCGGCAGACAAGAGCUCUGUCACGAUCAAGCCAGUGCAGAAGGAGGACAGUGGGGAGUACCAGUGCAAGCUGACCAAUGCUGUGAACACAGACUCUGCCAGUCUCAAAAUAGGGGUCAACUUUGGUCCUGAGGCUGUGUCGGUGAAGGGGGAUAGUGCCGUGGUGGUGAAAGACCGUGUCACGCUCAAGUGUACCUCAGUCUCCCUCCCUGCUGCCACCUACACCUGGAAGUUCAACGGGACGCGGACCGACGUGAUGACAGCCGAGUACAUCAUCGAAGCCGCCAUGUACAAGAACACUGGGAUUUACACCUGUGAAGCCAGCAACGCCGUCACCGGGUUGAGCACCGCCGUCGCCCACCAGCUGUCCGUCAAAGAGGAGGGAACACUGGAGAAUGGUCUGACGGGCGGGCAGAUCACCGGGAUCGUCAUCGGCGUGAUUAUCGCCCUAGGGGCCAUCAUCGGUGGAGUCCUCCUCCUGAGACGGAGAAAAAGACAUAUCGAGUCGCCAUACUAGAAGAGUGCCCCGAGGAAAGCUGGAGCUAUCAGCCCAAAGAAUCAGCCAAUUAUUCCCCUCAAGAUCAAUCUCUGCAGUCGGGAAGACCACUCAGGUGGAAACCUCCCCCAGGUCUGUCCAGCCAUACUAGCUAUUCAUCACAAAGUCCAUAUAACCCCAGGGGUCACAACAUCACCCUCUCCAAAAACAUUCACACAUCAGAAGACAUGGUCAUCUCUGUUGAAAAUGGUGGUGUCCUUGGGCUUGGAUUGGACCCGAAAGCACCAACACAUCUAUCCCAUCUAACAUCUAUCUGUCUGUAUGGACUUAUUGUCGUUCACACACCUUCCCUCUCCAUCCAUCCCAUUGGCUAAGGUAAACAGCUUCCAACAUUCCCUGAGAUGCUGACUCUUCCCUUUUUGCAAAACAGGAAUGUCAUUGCUUUACAUCAAUUUCUCCACACAUUCCUUGGGAAAUGAAUCGCAUCAUAGACUUGAGCGAAGGUGAGAAACUGGAGGAGGAUCUAGUGGUGUAACACACUGGAGUCCCACGGGACUGUAGGGCUUAGUCACUUGAUCCCUCCUCACUCAUCAAGGCGAAUGGGCAAGUAUCGUCUGAAUCUUUCAAACACCUGACGGACACAGGUUCGUAAAUCUGACGUUGCCACAGACAGGUGUCUGCUUGAUCCCAAGGAUUGCUCCCCCCCCUCUUUUUCUUUUCUGUCUUUACCUCUACAAGAUCUGCUCGUAAGAACUUAAUGUGAAGACGGCGAUGACAAGAUCCGACACGCAGCAAAUAUUCAGGGGAGGAGAAGAAAAAAAAGGUAGGAAUGUUUUUGUGGGCAAAGACAUUCUUUGGUUUUGGAGGGAAAAUGUGUGUGCUUCAGGGCUGUACUACUGAGGUCUGUUAUUUGCUAUAUUCCACUUUUCAAAUGUUUUAGUCAUUUGGCCUUUUGUAGUUUAAACCCCCCAAAAAAGACAAAACUAUGUUUUUAGAAACAUGAAUGAACAAGUGACAUUUUAUGUUAACUGUAACACAACCCCCUUUGAGCUGCUUUUUAGCUUUGUUUUUGUCACUAGUGUUUUUUGAACCCUCCGAUGAAUACAUUAAGCUGAUGGUGUUUUUUGAACCCUCCGAUGAAUACAUUAAGCUGAUGGUGUUUUUUGAACCCUCCGAUGAAUACAUUAAGCUGAUGGUGUUUUUUUUCUAAUCCAAUGAAUGAUAAUCAAUUGUUUCCUGUCAAACAAUUAGUUGUUUGACAGCACACACAGGUAUGUGACAACCAGUCAUACACACCUUCAAUUGGAACACACAGAACUAUGGGUUAAGAGUUAUUUUUAUCUGUUAAGUUUUCUCCCACCAUUUAAAGUGAAUGGGGGGUUUUGUGUGGCAUAAACAGUACAGGGCAGUUACUCUAGUAGGCCUGGUUAUGUCACUUGGCUGUGGAAGGUGUUUACUCUUGUGGUUUGACCUAUUCUGUUAAAACAUGUAAUUACAUAAAGCAUUCCGUAUAUUCAAACAGAAAGACAGAUGCACAGACACCAGAACUUGAACACGGUAACCAAAUACACUGAACAAAAAUGUAAACGCAACAUGUUAAGUGCUGGUCCCAUGAUUCAUUAACUGAAAAAAAUAUCCCAGAAAUGUUCCAUACACACAAAAAGCUUAUUUCUCUCAAAUGGUCUGCACAAAUUUGUUAACAUCUCUCCCUGUUAGUGAGAAUUUUAUCCUUUGUCAAGAUAACCCAUCCACCUG